UCAAUUUCGUAAUUUUGGACGUUUGCAUUGUUGCAUCAUAUCUUUAUCUAACUAACAACAUAAAGUAGCUCUCAUAUGCACUAAAUUGCUCCUUAUUUAAGAAACCUAAGGUUAUAGAAGAAUCCGUGUAGCCUCAGUCACAACACAGGAACUAAUUAUAUUGAUUCUAUAGCUAUGCUUAGUUUCUUUUAGCUUCUCAAAUGGGGAAAUGUUUAUUAUGGGUUGUGGUUUCGGUGAUGGUUGUGUAUACUUGGGGUUCUUUAGGAUGUUUCGAGGAAGAGAGGAUUGCACUAUUACAUCUAAAAACCCACAUAACAAACAACACGUAUGAAAGUUCUCUAGUUUCAUGGGUUGAUGAUAAAAGAAGCGAUUGUUGUAAAUGGUCAAGGGUAACGUGUAGUAAUAUCAUGAAAAGAGUGGUUGGGCUAGAUCUCUAUUCCGUAAGGGAUGAAAGAGUUGGGAAUUGGUAUAUCAAUGCCACUGUGUUUCUCCCUUUCAAACAGCUCAACUCUUUAUACUUGUCUGGAAAUAACCUGGCUGGUGUAAUUGAAAAUGGAGGUUUUGAUAAACUGUCAAAACUUCGCGAUUUGAAAGUGCUUGGUUUGAGCUAUAACAACUUGAAUCGCAAUAUAUUAUCUUCUCUCAAUCAUCUUUCAUCUCUCAAGCAACUUUAUUUGGAUGGGAAUCCAUUGGAUUCACCUCUAAAUAAAUCGGGUCAAGAAAGGCUCUCAGGAUUAAGCAAUCUAGAGACCCUUAGCAUGAGAUCAACCAAGAUGGAAGAUAACAACGUCUUAUCGGCUUUGAAUUUAAAAGACUUUAUCAGCUUGAAGGAUCUAUGCAUAAGCAGUAACAAAUUUCAAAGCUUUGGACCAAUUAAAGACGGAGAAGAACCAAAGAAAUUAGAGAUGUUGUCUUUAUCCUUCAACAGAUUUAAUAAGAGCAUAUUCCAAUCACUUAAAAGGCUUCCUUCACUAAAGUAUAUAUAUCUGACUGAAAAUGAUAUUCAUGGGCGAUUGCACAUACAUGACAUAUAUUCCUUGAGUAAUCUAGAGGCAUUAUAUUUGGAUCGCAAUUAUAUUGAGGGCUUUGACACAUUUGCAAGCCUUUCAGAUGGGGGAAGACUAACGAAAUUGGAGACAUUGGGUUUAGCAAACAAUAGGCUUAACAAUAAUAUAUUCAAAUCACUUAAAGGAUUUUCUUCACUGAAGUUUCUGUAUUUGAUUGAAAAUGAUUUUCACGGACCACUGCAAAUACAAGAUAUAAAUGGUUUGAACAAUUUGGUGGACUUAGAUUUGAGUUACAGUAUUUUUGAGGAUUUUGAGAAUGCUACAAGUCCUUCAGGAGUAUCAAGAGAUAUUAAUAACAGCAGUCAUCUCAAGUUGCACUUAAAUAACAUCACGUGUAACAACAUGUCAAAGCUAUUACAGCUCUUGACAACACUUUCUUCCGUUAAGAGCCUCAGUUUACGAAAUAACAACAUUACCAGCCUUGAUGCAAUUCAUGCAUUGAGAAAUAUUAGCAACCUUGAAGAGUUGUUUCUUGACUACUCUUACCUACACAAAGACUUUCUUCAGAGUAUUGGACCAAUGAACUCGCUUAAAGUAUUAUCAGCUAGUGGAACACAAUUAAGAGGCACUCUACCUAAUAAAGGUUGGUGUGAACUAAGGAAACUCGAAGAGCUCUGGUUUAUGGAAAAUCAGUUGGACGGAACACUUCCACCAUGUUUGGGAAAUUUAACAUCUCUUUACCAGAUUGACCUCUCUCAAAAUAGGUUUAUUGGAAAGCUCGGAUCUUCAUCUCCACUUUCGGCACUCAUAUCACUCAAAUAUCUUUUUAUUUUGAGUAACUCCUUUGAAAUCCCAACCUCAUUCAGCAUCUUUGCUAACCAUACCAACCUUAGGGGCAUUCGUGCUAAUGGAAAUAAGGCAAUUACUGAAACCGAGUUGCAAAGUUGGGUUCCUAAGUUCCAACUAGAUUUCUUUACUAUGUCUAAUUGCACUGGCUUUCAAAAUUUGCCAACAUUUCUUCACUACCAGCAUGAUUUAAGUGUCCUUGAUAUCUCUAGAAACAGUUUAGAGGGAGAAUUUCCGAACUGGUUGCUACAAAACAACACAAACCUUUAUUAUGUUCUCAUGAACUCCAAUACUUUCACAGGAACCCUCGAGUUGUUGUCACAUCUUAACACUGAUUUGUCGAUAUUUGAUGUUUCCAACAACAAGUUGAGUGGAAAAAUUCCUAACAACUUAACUUCAACAUUUUCACAUAUUGUGACAUUGAACCUCUCCUACAACUUGUUUGAGGGUCAGAUACCUUCCUAUCUCGGCAACUCAAAAGAGUUAUUGUUUCUUGACUUGUCAAACAAUUCAUUCACUGGGGAAAUUCCUAAGGAGUUGUUGAUAGGUGGUUCCUCAUUGAAGAUUUUAAAACUGUCAAACAAUAAGUUGGAAGGAGAAAUAGUCCAAGAAUUUGGCUACUUAUCCUCACUAGAGUGCUUCUAUCUUGAUGGUAAUAAUUUCACAGGCACCACAUUGGAUAGCCUUUCUAAUAUCCCCUUUCGCAUUUUGGAUAUUAGUGACAACAAGUUUUCUGGAAAUAUUCCAAGAUGGAUGGGUCACAUAACAAGUUUAGAACAACUCACUUUGUCCAAGAAUCACCUUGAAGGUCCUAUCCCUACUGAGUUUUGUAACCUAGAAAACCUCUCUAUUCUAGACUUAUCAGAGAACAACUUAACAGGGUCGAUUCCAUCUUGUCUCAAUCCAUUGUCCAUAAAACAUGUUCGCCUCAGUAAAAACCAACUCUCUGGUCAACUCACCCGUGCAUUUUUUAAAAGCACUACCUUGGUGAUAUUUGAUCUUAGUCAUAAUGAUUUCGUUGGAACAAUUCCAGAAUGGAUAGACAAUUUCUCUGGGUUGAGCAUUCUUCAAUUUCUCUGGGUUGAGCAUUCUUCUCCUCAAUGGAAAUCGUUUUGA